UGUUCUACUCGGGUUAUGAAAUAUUUCAACAUGGCGGCCGACGAUAAAGGAGCCGAUCCUGAAAUAGGCGGACAGUUACGCCGAUUAGAAGUGAUGCCCCUAGACAGUGGAGAGGAUGAAACAUGUGUCACAUUUGUUUUGCACGGAGAAGACCAUACGCUGGGAAAUUCUUUGAGAUACAUCAUCGCGAAAAACCCUGAUGUAGUGUUCUGUGGGUACAGCAUUCCACAUCCAUCAGAGAACAGGAUCAAUCUCCGAAUCCAAACAAAUGGUAUUCCUGCUGUAGAUGUUUUGAGAAGAGGUCUAUCAGAACUCACUGCAAUGUGUGAACACAUGCUUGCUACAUUUGAGACUGCAGUUGAAGAACACAAGGAUACUCAAAAUUUAGAAGUGUCGCCAUAGGAUUGGAUGUUUUUUGCCGUUGGAAAGAAAAAACAGAAAGUUUGAAAUCAUCCAGGAUAAGAAUCAGCAUCAAGAAGAAAAUCAAGGUUGGAUGUGCUGUAUUUGGACAAUGAGAGAUGUUUCAAGCUAGUUUAUUACUGGCUCAGCCUUGAAGUGGAAGCUGAGGCAUAAACAAGACUUGCCAAGCACUUACGUUGCUCCUGUCAUUUUCUUUGUUGUCAAUAUUUUUCAACAAAAACUGAUUUGUUAAUGGCUUAAGACGAAUCUUCAGAGAUAAAGUUUGUCAAACACUUUUUGUUAAUCUUUUGAUUGAAACCUAUCAAUCUGUCUCUAGAGAACUGCAAUAAAAAAGUUAAUGCA